AUGCCGCGAAUUAAUAUUAAAGGGGGUGUUUGGAGGAACACCGAAGAUGAAAUUCUCAAGGCAGCUGUUAUGAAAUAUGGGAAAAAUCAAUGGGCCCGUAUUGCAUCUCUCUUACACAGAAAAUCAGAUAAGCAAUGUAAAGCUCGUUGGUAUGAGUGGCUUGAUCCUAGCGUAAAAAAAACUGAAUGGAGCCGCGAAGAAGAUGAAAAGCUUCUUCACUUGGCAAAACUAAUGCCCACUCAGUGGCGCACAAUUGCACCUAUCGUCGGGCGUACUGCCAACCAAUGUUUGGAGCGGUAUGAGUACCUUCUCGACAAAGCACAAAACAUUGAUAUGAGUUCUCGUGAUGAUCCACGUCGUUUGAGACCGGGAGAAAUUGAUCCAACUCCUGAAACUAAACCAGCCCGCCCUGAUCCAGUUGACAUGGAUGAAGAUGAACUUGAAAUGCUUUCUGAAGCCAGAGCUCGUUUAGCAAACACACAAGGCAAAAAAGCCAAACGAAAGGCUCGUGAGCGUCAGCUUGAAAUUGCUCGUCGAAUGGCUAUGAUGCAGAAACGUCGUGAGUUGCGUGCUGCCGGCUUGGCCUCCACAAUCGCUCCUUUGGUUAACAAGCACCAAUUCAUUGAUUAUAAUCGCGAAAUUCCCUUUCAAAAACAACCUCCUAAAGGUUUCCAUGACACAUCAAAGGAGGUUCCUGAGCCCAAACCAAUCAAUUUCGAUCGUCUUCGUUUGGGCGAUAUUGAGAAAGAACCUUUCAUGGAGAGGGAAAAGCGUGAGAGGAAGAAGGAUGCUGAAAAGCAGAAAAAGCGUUUGGAAUCAGAUUUGCCCGCUGCUUUGCUUGCUCGUGAAAAAGAUAAUGGCGAACCAGCGAUCAAACGAUCCAAGUUGGUUUUGCCGGCACCUCAAAUCUCAGAUCAAGAGUUGGAGAAUCUUGUGAAAAUGGGUCAAGCUGGAGAGAAUGCUAUUCGAAUGGCACUAGAAGAUUCUCGUCCCGAUGCUACUGCUACACAGACUCUUCUUUCGGAGUAUGGUAAAGGAGCUGAGUCAAGUUUUGCCACUCCUCUUCAUUUGAUUGCCAAAACACCACUAGUUCAAUCAGAUUCCAUUAUCCAGGAGGCACAGAACAUAUUAGCUCUACACCAUGUUCAAACACCUCUGAAGGGAGGUGAGAAUACGGAGUUAUCGACUGGUGUAGUCAACAUUGUCGGGGCUACUCCACAGGCUCGUCAUCUACCUACGCCCAAUAUUCUCCUGCCCAGCCAACUCGCUGCUAAUACUCCUUUUAGAACUCCUCAAGUCGGAGCAACCCCUGGUCCUAGUGAGCCAUUAGUGGGCCAAACGCCGCGUCGAGACUUCCUCAAUAUCAAUGAAGGGGACUACAUGGAGCAUCCUCAAGCAAUGAAUGCAGCGAGCCUUCACACAAAGCUUGCAAAGCUGCCUCAACCUAAGAAUAAUUUUGAGAUCAGUAUGCCAGAUAGUGAGGAGGCUGAAUCAGUCCUCUCGGAACAAGUUGAGGGUUCAGAAGGUACUUCAGCCCACAUCGCAGAUCAAGCCGAACUCGACAGAGAAGCUGCUCAAGCCCGCGCGGCGGCAGCUGAUGCUGCGUGGGCGAAACGCAGUCAAGCUCUUCAACGCAGUCUUCCUCGUCCCACAGUGGUCAAUGACAGUGUACUCAGACCCCCUACUGAAGAGCCUGGUCUUACUGACCUUCAAAAAGCUGAGGAGUUGAUUAAACAAGAGAUGCUCACCAUGCUACAUUAUGAUAGUUUACACAAUCCACCACAUACUCUGUUGAAUGAUUUGUCAAGAAAUGCCGAAGGAAAACUGUUGAGUGCUACAGCUCAACAGAAGAAACUGCAACAGCUGAAUGCAACUCACGAAGUGUUUUUGAGGAAUAAUGAAUAUGAGGAGUUCGAUGACGAGAUUUUGUCCGCGGCCGCAAAUGCGAUAAAAGAAGAGGAGAGUGUUGUUCGAGCAGGAAUGGGACAUGGCGACGUAUCGGGUGAGGCCUACGCCAAAGUUUGGGAGGAAUGCCUCUCCCAAGUCCUCCAUUUACCUCAACACCAUCGCUUCACCCGUGCUAACUUGGUGCCCAAGCAGGAACGUAUCAAUGCCGCAGAAAAGCGUCUUGAGGUACUGCGUGGGCUCAUGGCUGAUGAGGCUAAGAAAGCUGCCAGACAGGAGAAGAAAUUGGCUAUUCUUCUUGGUGGUUAUCAAAACCGUGCACAAACCCUCACUAAAGCUAUCCAAGAGUCUGUUGAACAGAUUGAACAAAGCCAAAUCGAGUUCUCUUCACUAGAAUAUCUUCGACAGCAAGAAAUUGGUGCUAUCGUUCGACGAACUGAUACCUUAGAAGUUGAUGUUGAGCGCCAAAGAAAUCGCGAGGCUGAAUUGCAGAAGAUGUAUGGUAAACUCGCCCGUCUAAAGGAGGAUCUAAUCUCCAAGAGGGAGGAAAUCAAUCAAAAUGCCGCCACCCCUCCCCUUUUGCCAACACCAAGAGAAUCUAAUACCAUCAAUGAAGACGAUACGGGUGGUUGGACUACUGUUCGGGCUGCAGAAGAUGAGAUUGUUGAAUCAAUGAAUUCAGGAGCACAAACAGAUCCGAUGGAGACAAACGUAAUUCAUCCUAUUGAACGUGGUGUGGAUUUAGACGCGGAUUCUUAA